UCCUAACCUCACUUUUUACAAAUGAGUUGAUAUAUUAAUGUUGACAAAAAUAAACAAAAAUAGUAUGACAGGAAUAUUAAUAAAUACUUUUAAGGUAAUUGGGAAUAUUUAUUGUUGUUGAAAAUAGUCAGAAUGGAGAGAUUAAUAAUGGCUGAGAAUUUCGGGAUUAUAAAACCCUUAUGCGACAGAUUAAUUAGUUCUCCAAAUGCCAAAAAUGCGAUUGAACUUGCAAAACACGUGGAAAAGUGUCCCAGCACAGUGAUACACAAUUUGAUGGAAUAUAUUUUAUUGCCUGUAGCGACGCUUUUAAAUAAUCCAAAUACAAGCAAAGAUGUGAAACAACAUUUACUAGAUAUUGUGACAGCAGUAAUUUUAAAGUCGAGAAUUAUGAAGAUAGGUAUCUUCAACAAUCUCUAUGUAUGUGCCGUUUCGCAAAUUUUCAACCCCAGGAAGCCUGAUGCAUUGGUUCCUCUCUACGAAGAACUGAAGCUAAGUGUAGUUUCGUGUAUUAAAGCUUUGAUAGAACGAUGCACUACCGAAGUUUUAGAAUUGAUUUACGUUCCACAAAAUACACCCAAAUUGAGCAAUGGCAUCUAUAUGUGUGUAUUAAUUGCUCGUUUUGAAAAAUCAAGAUCUCUCAGAAUUGCAGCGAUAGAAACUAUAAUGUCUCUUAUGCAUGUGAACAACAAAGUUGAUACAGCCGAUAUAGUUUUUCAAUCUCAGGUGGCUGAUGCGAUUAUGGUUAUUUUACCGGGUGUCACAAGUGGAUUACUGGAGGUUGCAAAAGGAAGUGAUGUUCAGGGGCAUAAACUUACACAGAUAGCAAUACAAGCGUGGAGCAGAAUAAUUGCUCUUAUUAUGGAAGACUCGCUUGAAUCAGAAAACGAACCACUUUUGGAUUCUCUUUGCAAAAAGACCGAAAUCACUACUACCAAUCAGUUUAAAAACUUCUUGAAAUUUCAAAGUCCUACUGAAAUGCAAAAAUUUAUAGAGUCUGCCAAAAGAACUCCAGAGUGGUUACAAUUUGCGAGUGAAAAACUCAACAUCUUUAUGAGUGAAUUGGAUUCUUUAGCGUCUCAUGCUCACUCUAGAGUGAGAAAAGAGUUGGCGACGGGAAUUAGUUUAUUACUCACCAAGUGUCCAAGAAAUAUGAAGCCGUCCUUUUCAAAGCUGAUGGAAAUUCUUAUCACUCUAUCUGAAGAUGAAUCUCCGGAAGUUGCAAGUGUAGCAAAAAGCGGUUUAAACUCUGUUAGCACAAAAUUUGCAGUAGAGAGUGGAAUGAGAUCUCUGCUAGAAUUAUUUGAAGACAACUUUUACAGAUUGCUGACAACUCUUCCUAGAAUUAUGAGAACAGCUGAUGAUUCCAUGCAGCUUUCCUACUUGAAUCAAUUGGCUGCAUAUUUAAGACUACUAGGAAAGCAAAGAUUACCUCAAGUUAUGCUGUCUGCUGUUCACUUACAAAGACUAAUUCUUGCUCUCGUUUACGUCACUGAACUCGAAUGUAGCAGGAUUUCAAUCCUGGAAGAUGUUUCUAUCAAAAGUAUGGAUGUGGUUCUUAAUUCUAAUUCUCGCUCCUGGAGACAGUUUAAGUUUAUCAAUAGCUCUUUUGCUGAAAAUAAACUCGAGGUAAUUUGCAGUCUUUUGGGUGAACUUGGAGAUUUUGAAAUCUUGGUGGAUACGCUUUUGAAAUUGAUGUUUGAUAUGCCACAGUAUAGGAAAGAAUUAAUAUUAAUUCUUAAUUGGAUAGUAAAAGCACCACUCACCAAUCCCGAAAAACUGUCACUCUAUAGACAAAUAAUUGAUCAGUACAUAGAGCAAGAUUUUUGGUACUUGCCUGUAGAAGUUUCAGAAGAUACGAAUUUGCGAAAUGCGCAAAGCAAUUUGAUACAAUCUUGUCUUCUAGUGGAAGGAUUGGGAAAUAUUGCUGAAGUUAUAAAAAAGGAUUAUGAUCAUUUUCUUUUAAAGACUCUUUAUUUAGUGCUGGAAAGAGCAGGAAGCGGACACAGUUUGCUGCGUAGAGUGGGCCUGGAAGCACUUGAAAAAAUAACGAAAUCGCAAUGCGAUUCGAUACCAGAUCUUCUCAAAACUAACGUUGAUUACAUUUCUUAUCACGUGACGUUAAAAUUACGUAGAGUGAGGAGAAACCCAGGAGUGCUUGAUGUCCUUGGAAUUGUGAUGGAACACAGCACAAUGGAUUUUUUGCCCUGUUUGAAAGAAAUUGUGAACGACGUACUUUUACAAUCUGGUGAAAAAACGCAAAAGGACGGUGCUUAUUCGUUUUUAAGAGUCUUUUAUACUUUCGCUAAGUGUGUGAAGAGACUGACUUUGAAAACGGAAUUGAAAAAACAAAGAGAGAAGGAAGAAGAAACACAAAUUGAUGAAAAAGUUUAUCCUGUGGAGAAAGUCAUACGCGAGGUGUUAGAAUAUCACGAGACAAAACAAAUUGCCGCUAACUUUGAGGAUUCUAGUGAUCAGGAUAAUAACCCGAUAUGUGAAGAAGAAGUUGAGGAAGGAAUGAAGGAUUUUGAAUUUGAUUAUGCUGAAGAAGAUAAAGAACCAGAAGUUCCUCUGUAUGUGCAAAUGAUGGAAAAAGUAAUGAAGCGUUGCUUGCAUUUUCUUCCUAGUAAGGACUUUGCUGUCUCGACUUUGGCGAUGACAACUUUGAAUGAAGGAUUUGUAAUAUUGUCCGAAUGGGAGAGUCAGCUGCUGCCGAUUGUACACUUAACGUGGCAUCCAUUGGUUGACCGAUUUCGUGAUCCUAAUCCGAUUGUCAUCAAUCGAGCUUGGCAACUUCUUCAAACUCUUGCCAGUGUAUCGAAAGAUUUCAUCAAAGCGAGGACACUAAAAGAGGUACUACCAGCCAUAUCGGAAUUCCUGAGAAAAUCUGCUAAAGAAAGUUACAAAAAAGAUUCUGGUAGCGUGUACAGAUUUACACAAACUUUUAAGCUUCAGAAAGAGCUUCUCUCUCAAUUAGGACAAGUGGCCAAAGACUUGCAGUUACAAGAAAGUCAGUUGUGGGAAAUUCUUCAAACAUGCGAAUUAUACUUGAGUGCACUCCAAAAUAAAAUCUUGCAGGAAAGUUGUGUCACUUUAUAUCAAGAAAUUGCAGAUUACAAUAGUGACAUAGUCUGGGUGAAAUGCCUCGCAAUAUGGGAUAAGCACGUUCAACGAAUGGGAAGAAUUCGUUUUAAAAUUUGGUACUCACAGAUCGCAGAGUCUGAGGCACGGAACGAGUACCAGAAAAACGUGCAGACCAUUUUGAAUUACAUAAAGAGAAAGAAUAUUUCAUGAUAACUGAUUUACUUACAAAAUCACAUUUAUUGUGCUUCUGGAAUUAUGUACAUACGAAUGAUUGAUAUUAAAUUCAAUUAUUUUACUAUU